AUGUUCACCUCCACCUCCAUGCACCGCUGCUGCCUGCUCGCCCUAGGCGCCAUCCUCCUCUGCUUUCCGCCGGAAACGGCGCAAGCUGCGAUAAAACUUCCGUGGUCCGACGAGUACUGGGCGAACGAGCCCGUCAGUGAGGCGGCCAUCGUCGCCGCCAGGCGCGCGGAGGCGGGCGGCUACCCCUACGGCUGCGCGAGGCUAUGGCUCGACAUGGGCUGCCCUCCUGCCCCCGGCGAGGGGGUUAACGGCACCCUGGUCCACGGGAGGCGGUCCUACGAUCGGGAGCUGGAUCGCCUCGAGGAGGAGAGGCGGCACUGCACCAACGAUCGCCUUUUCGAUGAUUGGGAUCAUCCCGAUGGCCACUUCCGUCGCACCGUCCCGGUGACUAAUCUUGAUCCUCGCUGCUGUGCCUGUUGCUUUUCAUGUGCUCCCGGCUACUAGCUAGUGAGGCAGACCUUUUUUGUACUACAAGAGACAAAGAACGACUAGACAAUUGGUUUCGUUUCGUAGUAGCACUAGA